GAGAUAUUUUUAGACGAUCGAAGGGGAACGCCUAGAAUCUCGACGGUGGAGCAGGUACUGUUAUAAUUCGGCAUUGCAAACCGAUCAGGAACUGCAAAACCAAACAUAAUAUCCAGCAAUUGAAGUACAUAAGCGAAUCGCUUUUUAAAGACACGUAAAACAUAAAUACGAAGGACAUAGAUCAAUAUGAGGGAAUACAAACUGGUCGUUCUCGGAUCAGGUGGUGUAGGCAAAAGUGCCUUGACUGUACAGUUUGUUCAAGGGAUCUUUGUUGAAAAAUACGACCCAACAAUAGAAGAUUCAUAUAGAAAGCAAGUUGAAGUUGAUCAGCAUCAGUGUAUUUUAGAAAUCCUUGAUACAGCUGGCACGGAACAAUUUACAGCCAUGAGAGAUCUUUAUAUGAAAAAUGGCCAAGGAUUUGUUCUAGUAUAUUCAAUAACAUCACAAGGGACAUUCAAUGAUCUAAUGGAUUUACGAGACCAGAUAUUGCGAGUCAAAGACACUGAUGAUGUGCCCAUGGUCUUGGUUGGUAAUAAAUGUGACCUUGAAGAUGAAAGAGUUGUUGGAAAAGACCAGGGUCAACAUUUAGCAAAAGAAAUGGGAAUACACACUUUCUUAGAAUCUUCUGCAAAGAUGAAAAUCAAUGUAAACUUAAUCUUUGAAGACUUGGUAAGGCAGAUCAACAGAAAAUCACCAGAAAUAAAGAAAAAACGUGGCAGAAAAUGUACUAUCUUAUAAAGGGUUCAACUUAGGCCACUUUUCAUACAAUGCAAGAACGUGCCUUCGUCUAAAAAACUACUAUUUCAAGGUAGAAAUGUUUGUAAGUAAGACAGGGGCUAGGUUCAAGCAAAAGGCCCUUUGAGUAAAUAUGAACCUCCAUUAAUUGUUUAGCCUUUAAAAGAGUCAGUUAAAAGUUAAUUAAUCAUUUGCUUUGGUUGAUUUUAACAUUUUUCGAAGCACAUAUUGAUUCAACAAUACCAAACAUGCAACUUUAGGUGCAUAUAUAUAAUUCAAGUUAGUAUUAUGUUUUAUUCAUUUAUGCAUAAAUAAAGCAUCUCAAAGGUACUUCAGGUUUAUUUUCAAAAUAAUUUUCAUGUAUUAUACCUAAUUAAGCCAAUAUGUUUAACAACAAGACAAAUGUGUAACAAAAUAGACAUAAUGUUGGAGCAUUGAUUACUCAGGAUAAUGAGAGGGUAGAGAAGUUAUGUAAGGAAAAGGCAACCCAAAGCAUGUUUCCAAUUUCUUUCCACUUUUCCAGAUUUUGAAUAGUUUCUAAAAGCUGCUAGAUCUUUUUUCCUAAAAAAUGGAUUUUGCCUCUAAGCUUUCAAACCCUUAGGCACAAGAGUCUGUAAUUCCAUAUCUUGAGUCUACAAAAGGUCUUUUCAACAUAUAUUACCAAGAACACUGUCCCUUGAAAAGUGUAAAUUAAUCUAUUUCAGACUUAUAAGAUUUCAAACAUUCUAGGAAACCUUUCGAUUAAGGACUUUAGAAUCCACAAAGCCAUUUACAAGUUGAGCCCAAGCAUCAUACCACAAAUAUAUCCUACUGUAUUAAUGUUAUUGGUUGUGAGGUUUUGUUUCACCAGAUCCUCAUUUAAUUACAUAUGGAACAGCUUUUGUAUUUGACCAAAAUGCCCAUCAAUUUACAUUUAACCUGUAAGUUAUAACUCCUUUUUGAUAGCCCUUUCUAUCAGCUCUGCAAGUGGGUCUGGCAACUUGAAAAUAGCUAGACAAUAGAAAAGGUGUGUCACAGUAUUCCUAUUUCUGUUUUUAUACAAUUGUCUGGCACCAUAAGCCUCCUACCAAGAUAACACAAGAGAACUAUUGUAUCUUUAAAUAACGUAUCUUGAUCUCUUAUGUUAUCUUGCUUCAACCCAUCCGAUUUUAUUCAUCAUUAACACCCUUCAUAUGCUAAUAUUAUAAAUUGAGUUGCUAUUAGAGUAAGGCGUAAAUUAAAGAUGUGACUCGUGUUGUAAAGCAUUUUGUUGAGUGGAUAAAGAUUUUGUAUGGGUGCAAGUUAUUCAUUGUAUUUAUUCAAAGUAUUUUCAGUA